UUUGGGGAAGGAGGGAGGGGGCAAGGCAUUUCCUUUUUCCAUUUGCAUCACACUGUGGAGCAAAAACUCAAGUUUGCCAUACAAAUGAGUUCGGAUUAAAGUGAACAGACCUGGAAGAGGAUGCUGCAGAAACCGCUUCAAAAUCAGCUCUGACUGGACGAAAAUAAUAGAACAGAGUUCAGCUUGCAUUUGGGAGCCAAAGUUUGACGUAAUUCUUCCCGGACAUCAGGAAUAGGCUUCAGUGUCAUCAGGGCAGUAUUUCCUAAGGAAAAAUAGAGAUAUCCUCAGCUUGGACCUGGAGGUAUUCCGAGAAAGUUGGGGGGGAAAAACAAACCAUCCAAAACAAGUUGUGUGCGGUCGUUUACGGUUUUCCAGAUGUCUUUGCGGAUGCAGACAGCGGCUGGUUAAUGAAACACAUUCACACCCUAAAGCACAUUUCUUCAUUUCUGUGUGGAUUUUUCGCUCUGCUGGCGUCGCUGGUAAUGAAUACAUGAGCAAUUUAUGAUUUUUCAGCAAACAUUUCAAUUAGAAUAACGGGGUUUAAGUUCUGUGCUGGAUAUAACGACUCGUCGACGUUUCUGGACAUGGACGGACACCAAGGAGACAAGAUAAAGGGACCGUUUUAAUAAAUAGCAGUUAGAAGUUAUGAUGAACAUGUUAUGUGGGUGAAGUCCUCGGAAACUCGUAAGGGAAGCCCAAUGAGUGUCACACAGUCAACACUCACUGACAGGACCCCAAGCAUCCUCAACAAGGACCCCACAGACAAGAAACCUAAACAUGAGAAAUCCUCUGUGUCCCUCAAACAGGAGUUUGACCCAACAGGUCUUGUCCAGCGGUGUGUGAUAAUCCAGAGAGAUGAAAAUGGCUUUGGGCUGACCGUAAGUGGAGACAACCCAGUGUUUGUGCAGCUGGUAAAGGAAGAUGGAGCCGCAAAGCGAGCUGGCGUUCAGACAGGAGAUCGGAUCAUUAAGGUUAAUGGGACCUUAGUAACACAUUCAAACCACCUCGAGGUUGUAAAGCUGAUAAAAUCGGGUUCCUAUGUAGCCCUGACAGUGCUGGGGAGGCCUCCGGGGCUUUCUCAGAUCCCCCUGGAGGAGGAAGAGGAGGAAGAGAGGGAGGAAGGGGCAGAUGUCGGCCCGGGCUCCUCUCCCUCAGCGGCCCACUCACCUGAGCCGCCAGCUGGGGGGCAACGCAGCCAUGUGACCAGCAGCACCUCCUGCAGCCCCCAGGAGCACAUGGCCUCCUGUCUGCCUGAUGGGGCUGAGAACAAAACCACUCACAGUCAGAAGGCUGACAUGCUGCAAAAGCAGUUAACCAUGGAGCAGCAGGACCUGCAGGCAAAGGAGGAGGAGUACAGCAGAAACCCUCGGCCCAAACUACUGAAGGACAUCCAGGAGGCCAAAAAGCAUAUUUCUCUGCUGCAGGAGCAGCUCAGCAAAUCAGCGUCACAGGAUGGAGCCACGGGGUCCAGGAACGGUGAAGCUGAGGACGGGGACAGUGGGUCUCCUCUGAGGGAACAGACUCCGUCCUCGCAGGGUGACAGCGGUAACGACGGGCCCUCGACCAACAGUAACCCCAUGCACAGCAGUCCCCUCCCAGAGAGCUCAGGCAUAAGAGAGACGCCCUGUCAGAGCCCGGACGUCAUCCGGCGAGACGGACUCGACUUCUGCUCCUCGCCCGACACUGAGGACGGCCCUGACACUGACUCCAGUGCUCAGUGCAUGGUGGGUGGCCCUCCCUACCCCCUCAACCCGCAGAUCAUCGGAGCAGAGGAUGACUACUUUGACUCUCAGCAAGAGCAGAUUAACGGAGAGUGUAGCUCUUUUCAGAGUGUAGACUUACUGAAGUCUCGGCCGGCUCACCUCGCAGUCUUCCUCCAUCAUGUUGUCUCGCAGUUUGACCCUGCACCUUUGCUCUGUUAUCUUUACGCUGACAUGCACAAGCAAACCAGCUCCAAAGAAAGCCGACGCUUCUUCUUGGAAUUCCACUCACUCUUUCUGGAUCGAACCGCAAAUCUUAAAGUACCACUGCCAGAGGCAAUUGCAGCUGAAUUGGAGAAGCGGAGGCUGGAGUUAAUCCCAGAGGAGCUUUGCAAACAGUACAGCCAGGUGUUACAGGACACGCUGCUUCCGGACCUGCACAGGAACCUGGAAGAUUUCAGACAGAAGCGCAGUAUGGGUCUGACUCUGGCUGAAGACGAGCUGUCUAAGCUGGACUCAGAGCAAGGAAAAGAGGCCAUGGAGAAGGAGUGUUCCUGUGCUGAACACAUCCUCUCCAAGAUAGACGAUAUCCUACUGACGUCACAGCCCACAGAAGAGGAGAAAUGCCAAGCGAUGCAGUAUGUGAUUCUCACCUACAUGAAGCACCUUGGGGUGAAAGUGAAGGAGCCUCGUGGCCUCGAGCACAAACGAGCACGCAUCAAUUUCCUGCCCAAGAUAAAGAAGAGUAUCAAGCCCGAGAAGGACGGUGAAGAGAAGGUGAAAAAGCCUCGGUUUCCCAACAUCCUCGGCCCUCCUCGCCGACUCAGCAGGGUGGAUUCCACUUCAGUCGGUAAGGCCGUGGAGCUGAACAAACAGCGGUCACCGAAGCAGCGCUCCCAGCCAGCCUUCUGCAUCCCCGAGCAGUCAAACUCGUCUGCACCGAAUUCUGGACGGAUCCGUGGAAAUCAGCCCAGCGAGGGAUCGGACACCAGCAGCCAGUUUUUACCUUCCACCACCUCCCCUACACACAGCUCGCCCACUGCUCAGGCCUCAGAUACCAGCGGACACGACUCAGACUCCAAUUUGUCUCCAUUCUGCAUCCAGCCCAGACUGAGCGAGGGCCUGCAGCCUGGCGACCACCAGGAUGGCGUCUUCAGUCCGACCGGCGCUCAGUUUGACUUCAGCCCCUCCAACUCGGAGCAGCUACAGGAGGAGGACCAGGAGACCUUCAGCAGGAUGGAGGUGCAGGGUGCGGUGAGCCCAGCUGACGUCCAGAGCGAAGACGACCAGGGAGGAGAGAUGGAGUGUGAAGAGGGCCCUCCGAACUGGCAGAGUCUGGUCAGCCAAGACGUCCUGGUGAGCCUGACGCCACAGGAGAUCGAACGGCAGGAAGUCAUCAACGAGCUGUUCUACACUGAGCGCGCUCACUUGCGGAUGCUGAAGGUGUUGGACUGUGUUUUCUACCAGAGGUUGAACAGGGACGGGAUCCUCCCCCCAGAAGACCUCAAACACAUCUUCAUUAACCUGGAGGAAAUCAUUCAGCUGCAUGGUUCUUUAACAGAGCAGAUGGCAGCAAUCAGGAAGCGGAGCGAGACGUCGGUGAUUGGUCAGAUUGCAGAUGACCUCCUGGCGUGGUUCAGUGAUGAGGAAGAGGAGAAGAUAAAGAGAGCAGUGGGAACUUUCUGCAGUAACCAGCCGUCUGCACUGGAGCUCAUCAAGAGCAGGAAGAAGAAAGACCAGAGGUUCUCUUUGUUCAUGCAGGAGGCUGAGAGCAACCGUCUGUGUCGCAGGCUGCAGCUCAAAGACAUCAUUCCUGUAGAGAUGCAGAGAUUCACCAAGUACCCGCUCAUGCUGGAAAACAUUGCCAAGUGCACAGAAGACGGAGACGAGAGGGAAAAGGUGAAGAAAGCCGGAGAAUGUUGCAAAAAGAUCCUCAAUCACGUCAACCAGGCCGUCAAAGAGGCCGAGGACAAACAGAAGCUGGAGGAGUAUCAGAGACGGUUAGACAUGUCGUCACUCAAACAGAGUGAAAACCCCAUGAUCCUGGAGCUGAAGAAUCUGGAUCUGACCAAGAGGAAGAUGGUGCAUGAGGGACCUCUCUCAUGGAAAGUCAAUAAAGACAAAACAAUUGAGCUGUACACGAUCCUGCUGGAGGACAUCCUGGUUUUGCUGCAGAAACAGGAUGAGCGUCUGGUCCUCAAGUUCCACGGCAAGAAUCUGGCGAGUGCCGCCGACUGCAAACACACCUUCAGCCCCGUCAUCAAACUCAGCACCGUCUUAGUUCGUCCAGUGGCGACUGACAACAGGUCCUUCUUCGUGCUGUCCAUGUCGGAAAACGGGGCUCAGAUCUACGAGCUGAUGGCUCAGACGGUGUCCGAUCAGAGAACGUGGCAGUGUCUGAUCACACAGCGUGCUGACGCCAUGAAGGCCAAACCUCACGGCAGAGACACGCCUGCAGCUCAGUCCGAUGCUGAAGGGGAUCCCAUUGAGAUGCUCAAACACGGGAUGUCCAAGACGAGCAAAGAUCCCAACAGAGCAUCAGGUGGAAGCAUCCAUUCUUCAGAUAAAGAUGCUGCCUCUUGUCCAGACAUUCAAGCUCCGCCGAGCACGAACCCGUUUGAUGGCAUGAAAUCGGAAGACGAGGAAGAGGAGCCGGCCGUAGCAGACAGUCAGGAGGAAGAGGAGGAUGAGGAGGAGGUGGAUGAAGCUGAGCUGGAGGCUUUCCUGGACGGGCAGCUGGCAGACACGCUGCAGGAAGAGUCACAUGAGGGUCUCGCCAAGGAGAACCAAGAACAGAACAGAGCAGAACCCUCCUCCAAAGGCGAAGAGGCUCUCAGGACACUGGCGAUGCUGAAGCAGAUUCUUUUCAACCACAUGGUGAGCAGAGAGGCAGAGGACUCAGAGGGGACCAAGCAGAGCGGGGCCCCUGGCUGUCAGCUGAGUGAGUCUUUGCCUGUGGUCCCCGAGGGGCCCUCGGGUGCAUCUGAUGAGAGUCGAGCGUCUGCCGAUUCACCGAAAGCCGGACUUCCUGACACAACCGAACGCAACGGUGGUUUUGUGGUUCUGGAUUUCGGCGGAGGCUCCGAGGAGAGCAGCACCGAUGACGACGGGGGAUCAGGAGCUGACGUCAGCAUCGACAUGAGGAAACUGCUGUCCUCCUCCUCACAGGCAGGGGGAGGCAGCGGCCCCAACCUCAACAGGCAGCUUAUGACCCACCUGCGCCUCCUACAGGCCGACCUGCAGUAUCUGAAGGAGGUGGAGACGAAGUACAACGAGCUGCGACAUGCACAUGGCGAACCGGCGGCUGCUGACUCGGACGACAACAACGAUGGGAUUCAGUGAUGAAGUACAAGUUUCUUGUUUCUCCAUCUUCUGGAUGGAUUUUUGACCAUUUAACACUGAUGUCGUCCAAUAAUGGAGGCUUAAUGUCUGAUCUCCCGCUUCAGGCAUUUGUGACAAUCAGUGGGAGACGUUUCCAUCAUUAUAAGGGAAUGUUCCACUAUGAACUCAAAGUCCUUCUGUGGAGAGGCGCUGUAGAAUCACCCAAGAACAAUUCAGUCGCUUUCUGCUCUAAUAUCGACCACAUGAAUUAGCUUAAACACUGGAGAUAUGGAGUGUGAAAUGGCAUGAAGUCACACAGAUGAACAGCAGGAAAGCAUUUAGAAGUGAAGAGAGACUGAGACGGUAGCCUGAAUGCUGCUCUGAGGAUCAACAAGGUAGGCUUGUCUCGUUCAGGACUCACUGCUGUAAGCGCCAAAAACAAGUCUGCAAUAAGAAAUAACCUCUGCUGCACAUAUUUGAACAUGCUUAAAGAUAGACGUCCUUGUUUUGCGGCAGUUCUGAAAAGCAGUCGUUGAAAGCCAAAAUGUCCUCUCAUAAAAUUGAAAUGCUGUCUAUCCGCUGGCUUUUAAAUUUCCUAUAGCACUUGAAUGUGGCAUAGCAACAGCUCCAUCCCCCCACCUCCGCCUACCCACAGUUCACCAAAUUCGUGAUGUCUCGCCAACAGCACAUAAGAUUAAACAGACAGAUGGAGGUUGGUGCAGAAACUCCUUGACAUGUCUGUGUUUUAAUUGUUAAUUUUUCAAAUGGAGUUUGGCACCCCACGGUAAGAAAACGUUCACUUCACCGUUUUUUACUAGGAUGAGAUCCCCAUUGCAUGCUGAUGUUUGUACAUAGAAAUAAGGUUCAGUCACUGCUGGAGUUUUUGGAGCCACACGCCAUAAGAAAAGACACUGCAAGCUUUUCAGGGUGUCUGCACAUGUGAAUUUAUUGAAUUUCACUUCAUCUCAGACCUUUUGUUUCUUACUUGCACCGCCCUCAGUCACAGUGAAGUGACUGACUAACCUGAGUGCAGUUUUCAUCAUCAAACCCUAACAAACAAACAAACAAACAAAAAAACAGGCUCUUUUAUUCCCCGGAAAUAUUACGAGGAGGUUUUCUCCAGGGUCAUUUCACUUUCUGCAGCAGACCACUCAUAAAAGCCACCUGCAGUUUGUGACAGCAGAUUCAAACGUCACCUAAAUGUUUGGACUGAAAAGACUCAAAUGUUCACUGGCCACGAGACUGCACUGAUGACAGCGUUGGGUUGUGAGCGACGAAACGAAUUAAAAAGAACCAAACAAACCGUAUGAACGGAAAGGAUUCUUAUGGACUGUUUUCAGCGUAAAGGAGUAUAAUGUACAAUUGUGAUUGUAUAUCAAAGGUUUUGUGUUACUUUUUUUUUCCUUACACCUCACCAUCAUGUAAUGUUUUAACACAAACUACUUUAAAGGAGGGUAAAGUAUC